AGCUAGAUGGCGUCGUGUUUCCAAGGUUACGCACGAGUUUUGAACAACUGUUAAACUUAGUUUGUAUCGGCUAUCGAGUGUCACUGACAGUCAUCAUGGGUUUCGAGGAGGUGACACGACCGUAUAAGUCAAGUAAUUUACCGGGGUAAGUUAUUAAUUGAAUUAUUAGUAUGUAGAGUAAACUAUAGCGGGUUGUAUAGAUGAAUAUGUGUAGCAUGUGACUGUCAUGUAUUGGUAUUACCUAAUUAUUACCUUCAUAUAACAUGAUACGUAAUGAUUUGUCGUAAAUGUAAUGUAUAUAUAAAAAACACCAUUAAUAUCUUCUGUCACCAAAAAGUUCAAUUGUCAUUAGUUAUUUCAUAACAGAAUAUAUGUCCUGUACUGUACACUAUACCGUUUGACGACCAGAUCACCGGAUGCGAUUUAUAUAUAUUCAGCCUAUACCGAUGUAUGGCAACGAUUAUAUUAAAUUAAUUAAUAUUUUAAUUUUCCAAUUCCUCCAAUUAAAAGGUACACCGGUUACUGUCCAAGAUUGAGGUUCAAAUGUGGUCGAACGUACGGGGCUGAUACAGAUAAGCUAACAAGGGUAAGAUAAAUAUAUCAAUACAUGUCAUUCGGUAAUAAUAUAGAUGGGUUUUUAGUAGAUGGAACUUUCGAGCAAAAAUUUUAGACCAUGAACCAUAAUCGAGCAGCCGCGGCACGGUGUAACGCUCUAACCAUUCGGAGCUAGAGCGUUCAGUGCACUGUCGUGGAACCGGUAGUUAUCAAAGUUUUAGAGAACAAUGCUUUUCAUUAUAUGCGCAGUGUUGUCAUAUUUCUCUGGCUGACAAACAGAAACAAUGUAAAGUUCAUAUACAAAGAAUACAAAAUUUGGAAACUUUGCAAGGCUAUAUUUUCCAAGCUUUACAACAUUUCGCAACCAAAUUUUUCAUUUUUACUAAUUUCAUUAUGGGAAUAAUGGAAAGGUCCUCAGGAAAUUCUUCAGGGGGGGGUGUGAUAAGGUCAAUUCAACCAACUGGUUCAAAAAAAAAUUUUCCGGAUCAAAAAUUUUUUGUCGACCUCCCCCCCCCCCCAUUUCGGCCAGUGUACCAUUUUAGGCGUCCGAAAAUUUUUCCGGACGUACAAAAAUUUUCCGGACGUACAAAAAUUUUCCGGAACAUUCAAAAAUUUUCCGCACAUGACCAAUUUUCAACAUUUUUUUACAUUUUUCCAAAAUUUUUACAUUUUUCCUCAAAAUUUUUCUAAAAUUCCCACCACGUUCUUGCCCUUUGCGCCAAAAAUAUUUAACCCAGAUAGCAGUUCUACCGACUGAAUAGCAGUCCUACCGACUGAAUAGCAGUCCUGCCGACUGAAUACAAUUACUCACACCCCCACACCCCCCCCCCGUAGCUCCGGGCCUGCCAGGAACAGCUGCGAAAAAUGCAACUUUAUGUCCCUGACAGGAAUCGAACCUCCAUGCGGCCCUGCGAUUCCAGUGCAUUCAAUGACUAAUUUAUAGUAAUAGAGAACACAUAUUCUUAUAUGUUAUUCAAGUGCUGUUUUUUCUCCCGUCAUGUUUAGCUGCAUACUAAAAAUGAGAAGCUGAAUCCACUGAAAGCUGUCAACUCAACAUCAACGAGACUUCAACUACCUCCAGCCACAGGAGAUAAUAAACUAACUGCAAACGUGUUGCCCGGAUAUACAGGUAACGUAUAGUAGUACGGCAUUCACUGAGGUACGAAAUAGUUCACGUGUUUAAAUAAUCUGGGGCCGGCUGUACGAACAUUGAAAUUCAUUGCGGACUUCGGUUCUUGUUGGAUUUUUUCCGGAUUUGUGGAUCCUGCAAAAUUAAUGUAGCGGAAAGCGGAUUUCCCCCCAAAAUCAGGUUCGUAUUAUAUAGAUCUACCUUGUAAUUUCCUACGAAUUUCAGACCUUGUAAUUUCCUACGAAUUUCAGAUCUUAUUCCUGUCUCGGAUUCUGGAUUUUUUGUUAGACUUGCUAUUGAUCGCCAUGUAAAGGCAGUCACCAAGUGUAAACAGAUAAAAAAUUGUUUUUCAUGGUCAAAAUAAGUGCGUUGGGUCGAAACAAAACUUCAAUGUCUUUUAUAUACAUUUGAACAUUUCAACAGACACAACUACCGGGGGGGGGGGAUUUUAUAAAAAAAUUGUCGGAUUUGCGGAUUUGCGCACUCCUACCCCCCCCCCCCGAUUUAUCUUCAAUCACAAUCAUCUCCCUUUAUUAACCAUCUCUCCAGGUUAUGUUCCAAUCCAUACUCCCGGUUUCAUAUUUGGCUCUCGCUACAAAGAGAGUACAGAAGAGGCACUAGAGAAAUUUCUUCCCACCAAUCAGAAACAACGCUCAGAUCAACAGGACCUUGCUCGUACGGCGGCCACAGCACCAAGUUUGAGGAAACGUUCUGAUUUCCACGAUCCAGCCGUGUAUCCCGAUCUCAAUCCAAUGUACAGCAAGAAUUAUCGAAUAUGUGAGUUAUAAUGUAUUCCUCCGUUUCCAGUUGUGAAGGGAACGGUCGGUGCCAGCCAGUGGUGCCAGCUAUAGUAACUGUAGGUUGUUCAAAGGUGUGUUAGCUCUAACCCUGGGUUAAAUUUAACCUGCUGUUUUAGUUUGUGUAUUUCUACAUGCACGUCUGUUUAUUUCAAAACUUCAGAGAAGAAAACUCCUAUCAUCCCAGACAAGAUCUCUGAAGAAAUCUUUCCAAAUUUAUAAACAAGCUGUCAGGAAGUUUGCUUUGGAUUUUAGGUUAACCUAUAGGGUCAAGCUAACCCAGCUUUGAUUAAUGGAAAUUUAAAAUCUUUUCCUGUGCACGUAGGUAGGGAUACGAGUACAAACAGCAGUCUUUUGUAGAGAUACUAUACCUACAAAAUACAAAAAGAACUUCAGUGUUUCGAGCGAAGAAGGCCCAUCGUCUGCGAACCUUGUGUAGAUGACACAACUACCUGAAAAAUAUAAAGUUCUAAAUUUUACUAAAGGCCGAUUUACACUGCACAACUUUUGCCUGUCGCAUGCAACCUGCUUACAACUUGAGUUGUACUGUGUACAUCAAGCACACAACGCGCCUACGUUGUCGUAGGGGAGUUGUGUCCUUGAUUUACACAGUACAACUCAAGUUGUAAGCAGGUUGCAUGCGACAGUUUUAGGCAAAAGUUCUGUAGUGUCAUCGGCCUAAGCAAUACUCUUUAACCUGAUUCUGUCUUACAUGGCCUCAAAUGCCUUAUAUAUAUCGUACUUUUUUUUUAGCUGACAGGAAAAGUUUCACAGAACCCCCCAUAUCAGGCUACAAUGGUUUCAUACCAAACAUCGAGCAGUUUGGUUUGGGUCAAAGGUACAAGAAAUGGACGGAGGAAGGACUGGAAGAAUCUCUAAGAUCUAGAUUAAGACAGGAACAUUUAUUGACACAGAGAAUUGACCUCUCUAGGUAAGAUGUCAUGGAGCCUCUCAAUAAAGCCUCGCCCCCAUUUGGUCCUAACUUUCGUGACCAAAUCAUGUUCGACGCUUUGAAUUACACACGUAAGAAUCUCACAACUUGUCAGCAAGAUUAUUUUUGCUUGUAGCAAGCUUGUCAACAAGUUGUAACAAUUGUUAUGGUGCGUUAUUUAUGCGUCAAAUAUAUUUUCCAAUUAGGUAUAUUUUCAACCUUUAGGCUUCGGGUUCAAAUUAUAUUAACGCUACCGUAACACAAAUAGCAUGAAACCUUAUACCUUUUAUAUAUUUUAUUUACUUUCAACAAUAUGAAUUAGCGUCUCUAUAAUGUUAUAAUAAUAUAGUAAUUUUAAUAUAUCAACUUAUCUCUCUAUUUGUUUGAGCUGAGCACAACUUUGAAUCUUUAUUCUUUAUACUUUGUAUUCCGUCUUCUUUAAUAAUAAUUAUUCCACAAUAUUCCAAUGUUCUUCAGUUUACUUGACGAGGCUUAAUUAUCUAGCCUUUUAAUUAUAUACUUCAGCCUUUGUUGGCUUAUGAAGUAUUUUAGCCUAAAUGGCUCUUCUCACUUCACUCUCCGCUCUCUCUCGACUCUCAGGUUGUGCUCAGCUUUUAUAAUAAAUUUUAGAGGAAGAAAUCUGUAACUAUGACUAAUUUCCUCUACGCAAUAUGUUUGUCAAAGCAAGUUCUAGCAGUGUUUAUCAACCACAAAACUAUGUCCUGUUUGCGUGGUUUGUGGUACUAGGCGUUUCCCGUGGGUCUUUAAUCUCUCUAAAUAUUUGCUUAUUCAUGCGAGGAAGGUUGCCUAAGGUCUUCCUCUUAUAAUUAUAACAGUAUACUGAAUAUAUAGUAUUGAAUAUAGUAUUGAAUAUAUUAAAUAACAUGGUAUAACACUGCCAUGUUACACAAUGCUGUUAUUUUAUCAAGUUGCUACAAGGUUGUCACUCACAACUUGUUGACAAACUGUUGAAUUGCAGGACGAUAACAAGUUGUUGGAACAACUUGUAACAAUUCUGUUGAGCUCAACAACCUUGUAGAAAAGUUGUCAACAAGCCGUUGACAACUUGUCAGCAAGCUGGGAACAAGCAAUGCGAACACAUCCUGUUGACAAGUUGUUGGAACAGCAUUGCUACAACUCUGCUGCAAGUUUGUUACAACUUGUGCGUUUUUGCUUGUGUAGUCAGGGUCCAGUCUAUCCUGUCUUCUCCGUUUUAAUGGUUUUCGUUCCAUUUUAUCAGACGGAAAUCCAUCAGAGGAGUUUCCCGUCUUAGACGGAAAUCCAUCUACUAAUAGGGAUCCAGCUAAUUAGCUGUCCCUGAGCAACGACAAGUUAUGCUACAAUCAGGAAGGCUAAAACCUGCUCUCCUAGGGACGCUUCCGUUUCAAUGGUGAACACACAAACUCUGUCCCUGCACGUGUUGAUGGAAGGAUCGUAGCAACGUAUUUCGGAAAUCUGCUAAAAUAUGUGCAAUUUUUCUUGCAACUUGCAUUGCAAUUCUACUCUUGAGAGAUGUUAAUUAGUGAAAUCAGUGAAGAAUUUUCGGUAUGUUGGGAAAACAUCGGCGGAGUGUAAUUGGCAAUUUUACAUCUCUCAAGAGUAGAAUUGCAUUGCAAGUUGCAAGAAAAAUUGCACCGUGUAACAUGGCCUUUACUUCAUACUUAUUUUUAUCAUUUUUAAAAUUUUUAGACCCGAUAUCUCGGUUCCUCCAGGACUGAAAAGUUCCAAAGGCAAUCCAAGUCUCGGAGUGCUAUAUAAAAAAGCUGGAAUGUUACCUAAGUACACUGGCUAUAUACCAUGUAAGUAAAAUAGGAUAUAUAUUUAAGAAGCAUUUUUACGGUUUUAUUCUCUAGUUUAUACCGUUAGCUACGUUUUAAAAUGCAUUUACCGGUUGAGAAACAUACAAUAGUUGGAAAAAUUCGUCAAUUAAAACACAAUUAUCAAUGAUGCUUUAAAUCGUGAUGCCAUAUAUUUACAGCAAUAUAAGCAAAACGUACUGAAGUUCAGACAUUAUUUUCUCUUUGGCGUACCAUCUAAAAUCUCUUCAUUUUAGCAUUAUUUUACAGAUAAAGCACUAAACAUAUACUUUUAAAGUUUGUUUGCCGCUGGAGAAACGUAUUGGAAAAUUAUUCCAAAGGUCGUAGGUUCGAUUCCCACCGUGGCCAGGCAUAUUUUUCAAGCUUGCCCGGUGUGGAUAUACACGGCUCAGAGUAACAUCACAGCACCAAUGCAACUUUUGGUAAUUUACCAUAACACAAGCUCAACAUUGAGUUGGGGGAGCGGGGGCUUAAGAAGGGCAAAAUGAUUCAACAUGGAAUUUAUCAUAAGGGGUAUGGGAAUUUUGUAAUUUUGAGGGAAGGGAAGUCUCAACCAGUUAUGUCCAAGAUUGCUGCAUGCUUCAUCUAUCAAGGCUAAUAUCGGCCAAAUAAUUCAUGAGUUUUUCUUUUUCAUUCUAGGUGCUCGUUACCGCUUUGGCAAGACAUAUGGCGACACUACGCGGGAGGUUCCUGCGUGCGCAGACCCUCAGGGCUAUUCCGCUGGCAAAUAUAUCACUUUUCCUGUCAUGUGACCAACAUGCACUGAUCACUGGACACGAGAAACGUCUCGCAGAAGAAUGACGUCAGCACGGGGCUAGAUCACUGGUGUUGCACAGCACAAUGACUGGAGCACAGAAAAAUUGGAGAUUUAUAUAUUUAUAUUAUAAUGCAUUGCAUCGCAUGGCAAACAUAUGCUGCUUUAUUCGUACCCAGGAACACAAAGCCUGUUUGCUAUUUCAACCGUAUCUCACAAUACCAGCCUGUCACAAUACCGUAAAACUUUCUUUUGUGUCAAAUUCGUCAGUCCGCUCUGGUGUUCAGGAGACAAAAAAUACGCUACAUUCCAGUCGACAUGACAAGGUUGAAGUGAAAGGCUUUAUGUUAGUUUACACUAUCAAAGUUUCUGUGAUUACAGUACUGUAGGAAUUUUGCAUGGGUAAAUUCUAAGUUUUGAAUAAUUUGUAAGAAAUCUUUGGGGAAACGGACUCAGUGUUAAACAAUGUCAGUGAGUCAGUUCCCGCAAAGAUAUCUUACAAAUUUUUAAAAACUUGCAAUUUACCAAUGCAAAAUUCCUACUGUGAUCACAGAAACGUUGACAGUGUUAAGCCUGGUUCAUACUAGCAAUUCUGUCUGCGAUUUUCUCCUCCCGCAAAUGUGAUCGAAUGAAAAGCGACUAUAUCAACCAGGGUUUAUUUUAACGUGCAGUUCUACACAUAAUGUGCAGUUCUAAACCCAUUUGUGCAGUUCUUAAAACACCAAUGUGCAGUCACCAAACUAACAAAAAUAGCCUUAAUUAAAACAAUCUCCUCGUUUACUCGUUACCCUUGUGGAUGUUCCAGAAAAUUCCAGAAAUGUUGUCAUUAAUUGAGCAUCAAAAUUAUAAACGUCUUCUUCAAUUACGUGCUGCCGUAAUGGAAAAGAAGGUAAAAUUGGGGCGAGCGAAGCUGCCCAAAAGAGUGGGAGAACCUAAUAUUCGUUGCUGCCUCAAAUGCAAAUUUAAGGUUGUUAUAUAUUGAAUAUCCAUGAUUCCCACUUACAUGUUUUGAAACAGUUUUUUGUGAGUGGUUGGGUAAACAAAUCAUUCCCAGAACUAGGAGCCUCUAGAUUCAAAUUGUUUUGGGGAACACCCCUAGCUCCCGCACACAAAAUCGAGUUUGUCUGGCCUUUCUCCAAUUCUCCCACCCAACCACACCAUUAUUCUGUCACCUAUAUGCAGGUAAAAAAGCCUUCGAACCCCCCCCCCCCCUGUCAAACACCCGUUGCCUUCGUAACAUCCCUAAAUGUGCAGUUCUAAAUUUUUCUUAAAAUAAACCCUGAUAUCAACUCUAUACUUUUGUGUGCAAGUUCACUCAUUUGCAUCCGUCAGAAACACAAAAUCACCGCCGGACAAAAUUGCUAGUGUGAAUUAACCAGCGUUUAAAGGCCGGCAACAUUUUUGGAAACUGGAGGAUGAAUUUAGACAUGAUAUGAUGUAUAUAUACGUGUGAAUUUAUAUUUUGUAUUUAUGAGUGUAAUAAACAUUAACUUAAC